AUGGCUUCCCAAGCACCAUUGAGCGAUAGCCAAACCUACAAGAUAGCUGGCGCCUUGAUCGGGUCCUACAAAAUUCAAAACGAUGACACUUUCAGCACGAUCGCCACUCACCAUGGGCUAGAUGUCAACGCCGUGCUAGCCGCCAACCCAGGUGUCGAUGCCGACGGCCUCAAGGCCGGACAAGUCGUUAACUUGCCGAUCAAAACACUGGGACUGGUUUACAGCCUUGCCGACGUCGCGCGUAUUCUCGGUGUGACUCUCAAAGAUCUCCAGUCCGGCAAUCCCGGUAUCUCCUCCGAGCUGUCCAUCAACGAAGUCAUCAAAGGUCCCAAGGUCUCUGGAGGUAGGGAACUGAUGGUUUCGCAACUCUCUGCAGGACUCCCAGGAGGCAGCGGUGGUGGGAAUGGAGGCGGUGGCUACGUCAACUACAGCGGACCGGCCUCCGCAUUCCCGCCAACGUCGCAGUGGGCAUCGUACGCGGCACUCUGGGCCAACAACUCCAAGUUGAUGAAAUACAACGACUCCGACGCGGAAAUUGCCGACAUCAAAACCGCCAUCGAAACAGUCGCUCGCGAGUCCCAGGUCGACGUCCGCGUCAUUCUGUGCACCAUCAUGCAGGAAUCUGGCGGCAACGUCCGGGUCCACACGACCGUCUCGCCAGAUGGUUCUGUUCGAAAUCCGGGGAUCAUGCAGUCUCACAAUGGCUCGGAAUUCAAUCCCCAAAAUGCUGCCCAGAGUAUCUUGCAGAUGGUCAGGGAUGGAGUCGAGGGAACCAGGUCCGGAGAUGGAUUGAAACAGUGUUUCCAACAUCAAGGAAACUGGUACGCGGCGCUGAGGCAGUAUAAUUCCGGGAGUGUGGACGUCAACAACCUCGAUGACGGGAUGGGGGCCACGGCCAACUAUGUCAGGGACGUAGCGAAUCGGUUGAUGGGGCACGCCUGGGCUGGAAUGUAG